UACACAUUUUGUUCCAUUUAGUUUUGCUCCUUGUUUUUAUCUGCUCUAGGGUUAAAUAUAGUCGUUGAGUUUGUUUAAAACAAGAUUUUUCAUGCAGAUUAAGGGGACUUUUUUUAGGGGACGAUUGAGAUGAAACAAAACCAUUCAUAAUAAAGAAUCGACCCUUCUAUUCCGAAUGGCCUUCCUGUUCAGUGUCAUGUCAUGCAUUGGUUUAGUUAGUGUAAUGUACUCUGUCUUUUAUACUGCACCAUCAGAGGAGAACGGAACACGAAUUGGGUUGGUUUUCGGGCUUAAACAACAGUCUCAAAAACUUCCUACUUCCUCCCAAUCUGACGAUGGGUGUACUAACAUGCAGUGUGUAAGUAGCAGCUAACAUAAUAAAAACGAUAACGAAAUCCUAUUUUGAUCAGUCAAACCUAACCUUCCCCAGAAACGAACGAGUGAAAUAAGGCUAUUUUAAUAAUAACAACAUGUAAUCAAUUGGUCAGGUGCUCUUAUUGGUCAAUAUUGUUUUCGUACAAUCCUGGUUAUAAUAAUCGAUCUUGGAAUUGACUAUGUGAUCUAAUUCCGUUCCUACUAAUAAAAAUCCUUCAUUUCCAACAAUCAUUGUUAACGAAAGGACAUAACAACAAAUUAACAUUUGCGUGGUCUCGUGAUUGAGUGACAGCUAGCAUAUACAGUGCAAAAUGUGUUUAAGUUUAUUGGCAACUUAAUCUAGUUUGACAGUUUGUUAAAUGUUGUGUUUUGUUUUUGUGUGAUUGACUUUUGACAUUUCAUUUAUUUUCACUGCCUACUACAAAUUAUUUGACAUUUUUAGAUUGAACCUGUCCAAGUUUUGGGCGUGUUAUUGGGUUGAGUUACUAAUUUUCUAACAAUAUAAUGAUUAUUGAUCUCUAAAUUAAGAGGACGGAUAACGAAAAUUAAUCUCAAAUUAAGAAUCCAAGUUACAAAAACGAUCUCAACAAAACUACUCAUAAAAUAUUACCAGUUUUCUCUUUAAUGUACGUUGUUUUACUGGGAUAUUAUAAUUUUUUACCGUUUACUGAACCAAACGAACCUUGACCUCACAAAAAAGUUAUCCCCUAUUGCAUUAAACUUGAGUGAAUUCUCAAAAAAAGGAAGGAAAGAAGGAAGAAGAUUACUUAUGUAACUUGCAAAAAAACUUGUACAUGGCUCAUCGGUCCGUGGAAAAUUGCAGCAGAUUGCAAUAAGUGAGAAUGCGACACGGAUCAUCAUCUUAAAAGUGUCAUGCUUCAUUGUAUCGUGAUGAUGUUAAAAAUCUGUGAUGUAACUAAAUGACAGGAAGUCAGCAGGACUUUAUACCUCUCCAUUAUUCAUAUAUUGUUUAUUGCACCUGACAACUUUGCUCUAUAUUAUAUUACAUAGACGAUCAAAAUCCCCAUGCUGGUCCUUUGUGCGUAUCGAAAAUUAUAUAUGAACGUAAUGAACUACGAAAAAACUCGUGACAUUGAAUCAAACAAUUGUGGAUGAUUUUUGCAAUCAAAAACAUAAAUAAAUCCAACAACAUAACAGCUCAAUCUAGCAUUUUACAGUUUUUCGCAACAUUUAUACGUUUAAGCUCAGAGUCAGUCAGACAUUGUUAGAGUUGUUACAGGAUAGAUUGAUCAUUGAUGUAUCUCGAUUUGUAAGGGAAAGCUGAAUUGCCAGUGUGAUAAAUAAAGCCAAGUUUUACCACCCACGAGCGAACGAGUCAUAAAGAAGAAUGGAUUUCUUAGUCAGACGUCGAUCCUUCAAUUUGGGUCAUAACAAUCAGAAGGAAGUGGAUUUGAGACUGAACUUACCAGAGUGCAGUCCAAUGUUGUCGAGAAGACGCAGUGUCAGCCCUCUCAUGUCCCCCAUGGGUGGACAGGGUUCCAUUACGUCGAUCUUUGAACGGAACAGACAAGCUCCAAGCUUUCCGCAGACUGAGGACGAGCAACUUUAUUUGUUUCACGAACGGAUUUUAUGGAAUCAGGAGAGAUCAUUGUUACCACUAGCACAUGACCUGUCCGAUUGGAUGAGUGGGAUUUUGGGCGUAAAUAUUUGUCCAGCAAAUUUUACCGAGACAUUAGAAACUGGAGUUGUGUUAUGCCAGCUUGCAAAAUUGAUUGAACGUAAAGCUGGUGAAGUGGGUGACGCCAAGGUACGACCAAGAAUAAUUGGAAGAAUUCGACCGAAUGCAAGACCAGGAUCAUUCUUUGCGAGAGAUAAUGUCGCAAUUUUUCUCAACUUUUGUCGAGAUCUUGGCGUGCACAACAAUCUAAAAUUUGAGACGAACGAUUUAGUAAAUCACGGAGAUAUUAGAAGUGUUCUAAUUUGCCUGAUGGAAGUGGGUCGUCUCUCAGUCAAGUAUGGAAUCGACCCACCAGCCCUUAUCGCAAUGGAGCAAGAAAUUGACUGUGAAAGCAAGGAUAACGAUUCUAUUAAGAUAAGUAAUGGAACUUUGGUCAACAGUCAGAGUGACAAUCAAAGCCAGUGUGAUUUUGGAAGUGAAACAUCGGACGACAACAAAGAGAAUCCUCAUGAAAAUCCUCCAUUGAUCCUCGCUACUCCUAAUAAAACUACUUCAGAGUUGGGAGUUCAAACUGAUUUAUCAGACAGCGUGGAUUCUGGAUUGUUGGCAGAUGACGAUUUGAACAAUCAUGCCGAUGAAGAGUCGGAUGAGCCUACUCCUACAUCAGAGCUGGAUGUCAAGAUAAACGAACUAACCCGCAUUUCUGGGCAAACCUGUCGUUGCGUGGAGGAAACUCGAAGGAACUUUAAAUUAAGGAAACUAUCAGAAGGAAAAUAUUUGAUAAAUGGAAGGACCGUAUUUGUUCGGCUUUUAAAAGGGAUUCACGUCAUGGUGCGAAUUGGAGGGGGAUGGGAAACGUUAGAAGAAUUUCUUGUCCGAAAUGACCCAUGUCGAGUGUCAAUCAGACGAGCGUCAAUCGUUCGACGCCCAUCGUACUACCAAGGUAUGAAUCCACCUUCAAAUUGGACCCAUUGUUCCACACCGACCGGGUGGUCAAAGAAAGAUGGGGGACGACCCGCCUCCAGUCCUCCUGUCAUGAUGUUGGGGACAGGAUUACGCCCAAUGUCCUGCUGCUCUACCCCACAAAGAUCUCGUCACUCGAGUGGACAGUCCUUGAAUCUGAUUUAAACUAACCAUGUUGACGGUAAUACGUUCACCAAGAAGGAAUAGUAUUACCGGGUAGGAAUUAUAAUACAAUCUCAGGCGCCUCAUACCAGGUUGCGGGUAUAUAUAAGUAUGCAUACAUAUAAUUGAAUCAAACGAGUAUAGGAUGAUGACAGAUUAAUCCAUUCUACAUAAUUCAAACAAAAUGUUGUUGCCAAACUGCUUAAGUCCAAGAGGGUAAAACCAAAGAUUAAGACGCUGCAGUUAUUAAUUAACUUAAUAUUAUGUUUUUGUUGAAAAUAUGAGUGAUGCAUAAUGCAUUUUUCUGUUGUAUUAUACAUAUACGUAUAAUUUGAGUCUCACAUAAUUCUCACAAAAUAUCUAAUUCCACACUACUAUAUACAUUCACUCAAAGGUCUCGAUAGUCUGAUUUCGUGGUAUUAUAUAUUACUUAUCUACAAACAAAAAUUCAGAAUCUAUAAAGAAGAAAUAUUGUACAUGUAUAUUAGUGUAACGGUGAGUGGGACGGUUUUAGGAAUUUUCUUGAAACGGAGAAAUAUUAAGGAAUGCAAAUGUAUUUUUAAUUGCAUGAUAUAUAUAUGCACUUUACAUAUUAAUUUUAUAUUGUGUUGGGUUGUGUAUUAUUUUUAUUGCAGCAUUUAUGUAUUACCACUUUACAGAAGGGUUUAUGCGAACUAGUUUUCAAAACAUUCAACAAAGUUGACCUGUGCCAUUGCCUAUUAAAUUGUAAUUCAUGAAUCGUCCAGAUAAGCAUAUAGAGAUUGGUUUAAGAAGACGUUUGGGCAGUUAUUAUUGAGCUGAUGAAUGUUAUAUGAUUGGUUUUGCUGUAGCAAUUCCGUACGAGCUCUAUUUUAAAAGAAUUUAAAAAAUGCACUGUACUGGUUACUUACUGCACUGUUGUUGUACUAAAGAGACAAUUAAAAAAAAUCAACUACAUACUUCUACUCACUCUUUAAGCAAUACAUGUGUAAAUAAUAAAUAUGAAAUGCAUGAACAAAAUAGUUUGCUUCAAACUUGUUGAACUAAUCCUAUCCUGGUCACACCAUUAUGAAACUAAAAGUUACCAAACAAUUAUGAAACAAGCUAGCUAACCUAAAAUUAUGGAUACAAUGUUGAAAGCUUAAAACUGUAUUUUAAUUUCAGACUGUGUAACAUUGGGAAAAAUGAAUGAAUAAACUGUUAAUUAAAUCAA